AUGGACUCGUGCUGCCGUUCGCUAUUGCCAACUGUGGACUGGAAUAUAGCAUGCGCUUCGUCAAGCAAAUAUCAUUGGGAGGACGAAGAGAUGAGCACACUUGUUGAAAAACGACAUAAGGAGUCACGGCGCACACGCAGUCACUGGACAGAACAAGUGCUCGCUGCAACGAAGCACCUUGACUUGUUCAACGAUUCGCUUCCAAAUGUAGGUUCAAUUCGAGGACUGCGUUGCACAAAGUACUCGGUGAACGACACGUUGACGUUCGUUAUACUUGAUUCACUUCACUAUCAGUAUUUUUUGAACAAAUGGGGUCUACGAAAUGUACAGUUGCCGGUAAUCAUUGCCAUCGACGCCAGUCGCGAGCUCUUUUCUGUCAUGAAUGGGCGAUUCUCGCAGAAUCGAGUUCGCGACUUCAUUCUCGAUUACCAUUCCAAGUUAAUUCCGAACAAUCUUGUUAGUGAAGAGGACGGUCGGUCACGGUUUGUCAAGGAGAACAACAUCCUUCUAGAGAAACGUCCUGCACGUAAAAAAAGAACGCAAGUUCUUGAGCGGCUCACACAGCGGACAUUCCAUCCCUUGAUUGAGAGCAGGCAUAACACCUCUCACGACGUUGUUGUCUUUUUUUCUGGAGGAAUUUGGCACGCACCGUCCACUAUUGCUAUGCACGUGUAUCACAACACCGCUAGUUAUUUUUCAUCAUCAGGAGAUCUCAUAAAGUUUUACGUAAUUGACACUACACGAAAUGAACUGCCGUACAACUUUAAUUUUGAGCGGGUACCAGCGAUUGUGAUCUUUCUGGCAAAUCGGUGA